AUGGAGGCGACCGUUGCUGGACACAGGACCUCCAUCGACUUCUACGGCGUGUUUGACGGGCACGGCGGGAAGGCGGCGGCGGAGUACUGCAAGAAGCACCUCUUCAAGCAGAUCGUGUACUAUCUGGAGAAGAACCUGGCCAACGCGAAGCUCCCGAAGGCGGCCCUGGGGCUGACGCCCAACGACGGCGUGUCGCCCGCCCUGCGCGAGGAGCUCGCGGUCAUGGACCUCGCGGUGUCGGGCUUGCCGCGCGCGAUGGAGCAGGCGUUCGUCGCGGUCCACAACAUGUACACCAGCGCGCACGACGAGGCGGGCACCACCGCCACGGUCGUGGCCGUGUGCGGGUGGGAGGCGGUCGUGGCGAGCGUCGGCGACUCCCUCGCGUACCUCGACACGGGCGCGCAGGUCCUGAUGGUGUCCGCGAACCACCGCAUCGAGGACAACGCCGCGGAGCGCGAGCGGCUGCAGGCGGCCGGCAGCGAGCUGGCGCCCAGCGACAUCGGCGGGCCGGUGCGCGCGUGGCCGGGCGGGCUGAUGAUGUCCCGCACGAUCGGCGACCGCGACGCCGGCGCGGCGGUCACGGCGCAGGCCGAGGUGCGCCAGGUGACGCUCCCGGCCACUGGCGGGCGCAUCGUGGUGGCGUCCGACGGGCUCUGGGACGCCGUGAGCUGCAAGAACGCCAUCCACAACGUGCGCGGGAUGGCCGCGGAGAAGGCGUCGUCCGCGCUCGUCCAGGCGUCGAUGCGUGCGCGCGGCCCUCGCGACGACAUCACGGUGGUGGUCGUGGACCUCAUCCCCUCCGCGGACACCGGCGUGCGGGUGCCCCCCGCGCUGUCGAAGAACACCCGCGCCGUGGACGCCGCGGCGAUCGGCGACGUGCACGUCUCGUUCCCUCUGGAGUCGCGCGCUGCGGACCGCGACGCCGGCGGGCAGGCGCUGUGGCGCGAGCUCCUGGCGGCGCGGCGGCGCAGCGUGCUGGAGGGCCGCGCUCAGGAGCGCGAGGAGCGCGAGGCGGCGGCCGCGGCCGAGGCGGCGGCGCGGCGGCAGGCGGAGGCAGAUGCGGAGCGGGAACGCGGUUUGACGCAGCUGGAGCGCGACCUGGCGGCGAUGAAGGUGCCCAUGGCGGACCUGCUGGACGACGACGGGUGGGAGACGCAGGGGCGGAAAAAGAAGCCCGCGGGGCGGGGCGGGCGCGGGGGGCGGGGCGGGCGCGGGGGGCGCGGUGCGGGUGGGGGGGAGCGGGGCGUGGAGGUCGCGCGGGGGUCGGAAGGGACGGACGAGGGGGACUCGCCGGUGCCGGGGCUCGGGCACAGGCGGACCGUGGAGGUGGAGGAGGCGGGCGGGGGUCGUGGGCGGGCGGGGCGGCGGUCGCGGGCGCGGCGCUGGCCGGGGCCGGGGCGGGCGCGGGCGCGGACGUGA